AUUCACUAGUUUAUAUUUAUUAUUCAUAUGAGAGAAUAAGAGAGAUCCCAAAUGGCCAAAUCCCAAUUCCCCACUCAAAUGUUCCAGCACUAACGGAAUUACGGAAUCUCCAAAAGCUUAGCUUCGCUUAAUUUCGUGAAGCCGUGAAGGGGAGAGAGAGAUCAAGGCAAGGAAGACGGGAGAAAAUGGGAGCAGUAAAGAUCUGGAACGGCAUGGAAGGAACAGGGGAAAAUGGAGAAACUUGCUGCUCAGAUAUGCCAUCUUCGUCUCUCACUGUGGAUACAUCUCUCCCUCUGCCUCAACUGAAACCUCGAAUUAUGUUCGUUAUUACUGAUCUCUGCUUGUUUCUGUCUUGUUCUCUUUGUCAGAAGUAUUUUUUUUAGAAGCGCUGUUUUGAUGUCCUUAGCUUGGCAGCUAACUGGAAUCGGCGGUUUUCUUUCUUUCUUUCUUUAUUUCUUCUUCUUCUUCUGUUUUUUUUUUUUUUUAUCUGUUUCGAAUCUGUUGUUCUAUUAUAUAUAAAUUUUCUGUUUCCACGGUCCCUAUAACAUUUCAUUGACUGCUGGAAUUAGCGCUUCUGUGUUCUGCUAUUGUCAUGUUCUCUCUCUCUCUCUUCUCUCUCUCCCUGUAUGUAUGUAUAUAGAUGCAACAACAUGCUACAUGCUUUUGUUGUUUGGCCUUGAUUAUAUAUAAAAUGAUUUUUUUUUUAUUUGUUCUAGUCAUUAUUGUUUAUGGAGAACAUUUUCAUUUUAGCCUUUUCAAGAGAGUUAUUAACGAUUUUUGUCUGGUUUGCUUUCGAUCGAGGGUUGUGUAAAGAUCUAUUCAAGAAGUGGUCGCACUUAGAUGAGUCUCGUUUUUCAGUUGAGACAGUUUCUGGUGGCAUAACGAAUCUCCUGCUCAAGAUAUCUGUGAGAGAAGACAACGGAAGUGAUGUUCCUCUGACAGUUCGCCUAUAUGGUCCAAAUACUGAGUAUGUGAUUGAUCGUGAGCGGGAACUACAGGCAAUUGGGUAUCUCUCGGCUGCAGGAUUUGGUGCUAAGUUGCAUGGAGUGUUUGGAAAUGGCAUGGUGCAAUCUUUCAUCAAUGCUCGUACUCUUUCACCAUCAGAUAUGAGGAAACCAAAGUUGGCUGCUGAAAUUGCAAGGCAACUUCGUAAGUUCCACGAGGUGGAGAUUCCGGGCUCUAAAGAACCUCAACUGUGGAAUGACAUCUUCAAGUUUUUUGAGAAAGCUUCUGUCCUUAAAUUUGAUGAAAUUGAGAAGCAGAGACAAUAUGAUACGAUUUCAUUCAAGGAAGUUCAUGAUGCGAUUGUUGAACUCAAGGGUCUAACAGACGUUUUAGAUGCUCCUGUGGUAUUUGCUCAUAAUGACCUGCUGUCUGGAAAUUUGAUGCUUAAUGAUGAUGAAGAAAAACUUUACUUCAUUGAUUUUGAGUACGGAUCUUACAGCUAUAGAGGCUAUGAUAUUGGGAACCACUUCAAUGAAUAUGCAGGCUUUGAUUGUGACUACAACUUGUAUCCAGAUAAGGAUGAACAGUAUCAUUUCUUUCGGCAUUAUUUACAACCCGAAAACCCUGAGGAGGUAUCAGUCAAAUAUCUUGAAGUUUUAUAUGUUGAGACCACUUCUUUUGCGUUAGCUUCACACUUGUAUUGGGCUCUAUGGGCAUUGAUACAGGCAAAGGUUUCUCCCGUUGAUUUUGAUUAUCUUGGCUACUUCUUCCUGCGCUACAAUGAAUACAAAAAGCAGAAGGAGAAAUACUUCUCACUAGCAAGAUCUUAUCUUGCAGGAUCCAAGACUGAGUGAAUUUUCCAUCUUACAAGCUGUGUUUCUUCAUUAUUGAUGUAAACUUCUGUUGUAGUAUUCGUAAAGAGAGCUCAUUUAGUGAUCUAGAUCUUCUGUUGAGCUUUUCUUGUAAAGUAUCUAAAUCUUUGUAGCUGUAAUCUGUAACUGAGAAGGUUAUGGGGCUUCUGAUUCUUUUUGUUGUAGUUCUGAAUGAUGAUGAUGCUGAAGUUACUGCUUUUGCUAA